AUGCGCUUGGCAGCAAUCCUUGUGAUCGUCGCGUUUUCUCUCGUCGUCGGAAAUGUUCUCAAAUAUCACAAGUCUUCUGGUGGAGUAUCUUCUGAUGACGAAAAUAGCAGAGCAAAGAGAAAUGCUGAACCGGCCGAAACCAAGCAAACCACUGCAGAUUCUUCCGAAAGUAGCCAGAACGAUGUUGCUGGAAGCGGAGUAGCGCAUAAAAUUGACGAUGAUAAAAAGGAUUCGAGCGAAAGCGCGCAAGACUAUGGUGAAAGUUCAGGAAGAAAAAAGAAGAGGGAAGCUGCUAGUUCGGACGAAAGUGAAGAAGGACUUGCAAAAGCGAAAGCUAAGCGAGAAACAUCUCUUCAGGAUGAAAAAGACGACGAUGAGUCCCCGGAAAGUACAGAAGAGAGAGAUCGAGCACCACUGAAGAGAGCGAAGAGAGCAGCUACAAAUUCAAAUGAAAGUAAUGACGUUUCUCCAGAGAGUGAUUAA